CGCGUGUGGCUGACGUCAUCAGCCGGGGACACUGGCCGAAGAAACUGGAAGAGGAUUUAUGGAUUAGAAACAGCUGCUAAUCCGAACUGUUGUGCUGCUAACCCUAGCUGUUGUGCUGCUAACCCGAACUGUUGUGCUGCUAACCCUAGCUGUUGUGCUGCUAACCCUAGCUGUUGUGCUGCUAACCCGAACUGUUGUGCUGCUAACCCGAACUGUUGUGCUGCUACCCCGAACUGUUGUGCUGCUACCCCGAACUGUUGUGCUGCUACCCCGAACUGUUGUGCUGCUUUGAAAGACUUCAUCUGGGCGACGUGUGCAGUAAACCGGAAACGAGGCGCCGCUCCUCGGUUUCCUUGACAACGGGGCAGGUUUUGCUGUCGUCAUGUCGGAGUUUGGCGUGGAAGACGGCAAGUGGCUGGAUGCCCACUACGACCCGGUGGCGGGACUCCACACCUUCACGUCCUGCGUGGACCUGGCCGACCUGAGCGGCGACGGCGACAGCGGUCUGGUCGUGGGUGACUUGGGCAGCGGCUCGUCAGCCAUGAAGCUGAAGGUCUACCGAGGAACGUCGCUGGCGAGCGAGAGCGCCUUGCUGGACCUUCCCGCCGGCCUGGUGGCCUUCUUCAUGGACCUCCACGAGCCUCGCAUUCCCGCCGUGGCCGUGGCCUCCGGGCCGUGCGUGUACGUCUACAAGAACCUGAGGCCUUACUGCAAGUUCACGCUGCCGAGCCUGGACGUCAACGCGCUGGAGCAGGAUGUGUGGCAGCAGGCCAGGGAGGGCCACAUCCACCCCGGGACCCUGAAGGAGACGUUGGAGAGCAUCAGGAAGAAGGCGGACGUGCCGCUGUCCGUGCGCUCCAUUCACUUCCUGUCUCUGGAUGCCGAGCACCAGGAGCGCUUCCUCCAGGUGCACAAGCAACAAGCCAUCAAGCGACAGACCGUCAUCACCUGCAUCGCAACCCUGAAGAAGAGCACGGCGGACGAAGACGGCGUCAGCUGCCUGGUGAUCGGCACUGAGAGCGGCCAUGUUUACGUGCUGGACCCCGAGGCCUUCAUCAUCCUCGCAAAGAUGGCGCUGCCUGCCCCCCCCACCAUGAUGGACGUGACAGGUCAGUUCGAUGUGGAGUUUCGGAUGACGGUGGCGUGUCGUGAUGGAAACAUCUACAUUCUGCGCAGGGACUCGGACAGACCCAGGUACUGUGUGGAGCUACCAUCACACCCGGUGGGCCUGGUGAGACUGGCCAAGAACGUGGUGGUGGGCACCGCUGACCACAGCCUGCAGGGGUUCACCCAGAAGGGGAAGAAGCUGUGGAAAGUUCUCCUCCCAGCUGCCAUCUCCACCAUGGCUGCCAUGGACCUCCCCACUCGGGGCUUCCAGGCAGUUCUAGUGGGUCUCACCAACUGCGAGGUCCGGCUGUACCGAGACAAGAACCUGUUGAGUACCAUCAGGACACCAGACGUGGUGACCAGUAUUUGCUUCGGCCGCUAUGGGCGCGAGGACGGGACCCUGAUUAUGACCGCCAAGGGCGGUGGCCUGAUGGUCAAGAUCCUGAAGAGGACGGCGGCGUUUGAAGACCGGGACAGUACUCCAGGACCGCCGGCAGCCCAGAGCGUUCGUCUGAAUGUGCCCAAGAAGACCAAGCUGUACGUGGACCAAACUCUGAGGGAGCGUGAAAACGGCGCAGCCAUGCACCGCACCUUCCAGAUGGACCUGAUACGCCUGCGCCUCGCCGCCGCCAAAGCCUACGCCAAGGCCCUGGAGUCCAGUCUGACCCCGGUGUCCUCCGACCCCGCCGAACCCCUCAGGAUGAAUGCGGUGGUCCAGGGCCUGGGCCCGUCCUUCAAACUCACCCUCAACGUGCAGAACACGGCGGCGUGUCGGCCCAUGGUGGACCUGGCCGUGGUCUUCCUGUAUGACCAGAGCCUGUACAGGAUGAGCAAGCCCUACAUGAAGAUCCCCCUGCUGGUGCCGGGACUCUUGUACCCGGUCCAGACCCUGGUGGAGUGCACCAGCGACAAGGGCAUCUCUGACAUCAUCAAGGUGUUUGUCCUGCACCAGGCGCGCAGCACGCCGCUGCUCACGGCGCACAUCAACAUGCCCGUCAGCGAGGGGCUCAACUAGCAGUCACCUAGCUAGCCAGGUGCAGGUGAGCAGACACCUGUACUCGCAGUGGCACAGGAAGUAGCCAAGAUGGCCACCAACAUUCAUGAAGAAUGGAUUGUUGUCCUUCUUUGUGACAUGAAAGGUGCUCAUUUAAAAGCAGUCCGUUUCAUAUGAAAGUAAGCAGAAGAACAUAUCAUCGUGUAAAUAGAGCAGCUUGUCAAUAGAGAGUUUUUUUUUAAAGAGAAUACAAUCUAUUUGUUGGAUUAGAAGCUUUUAGUCUUCCUCCACAUGGUGGCGCUGUGCAGCACAUUUGACACUUUUAUUCCCCCACAAUAAAAAAGCCAACACCG